UACGCUGCGUGAGACAAAGACAACCGGUGUAUUAAAUCGGUUUUACCAAGUUUUUCUCCGUCAUCGCCCUUUCUACAACACAACUAAUGCUGCAUUCAAUUCCGUACAUACUCAAAAGCUUUCUUAGGGUUUGGAGUAUAAGUAGCAACCAAGCAUAAACCAGUUUUGUUUUUGUGAAGAGAUCGAUGAACGUGAGGCACGUGAAGGUGGAGUACCAGCUCACAGAAAGCCCUAAUGUCCUUCCAUCAGAUAUCAUAAUCAACAUUCUCUCAAGGCUAGCGGUUAAGUCCUUAUGCCGGUUUAAGUGUGUGUCAAAGCCGUGGCGUUCUCUUAUCUCCGACCAUGAUUUUGUUAAAGUACACUUCAACAAAGCCUUUGAGUAUAAAGAUGUGAUGCACCAAAGACGAAGGCUCGUAUUUACUGGUGUUGAAAAUCGAUCCCUCUACUUUUCGUACCUUGACGAGUUUAUCAAUCGUGAUGUAUAUCUUAAUAAUCGCGUCAAUAACGUCGGUGAUAAUGGUUUAGUGACGGCUACUGAGCUCGCCUUUGUUUACAGCAUAGAGCAAGAUAUUUUGGUUUCGUUAAUUUGUUACUGCAAUGGCUUAUUGUUGUGCCAGUUACAUGAAAGCAAGGAGUUACAUUUGGUUAACCCCGCAACCAGGGAACUCAAGAUACUACCAAGGACACCAAAACCAUAUCGCUAUUCGAGCCUCUGUGGGUUCGGAUAUGAUCACUCCACUGAUGAACAUAAGGUGGUCUGCGGGCGGAUCAACAUUAAUCACGGAAUCGAGUUUUGUGUCUAUACAUUAGAAACCAAUUCGUGGCGGGUGAUUCGCGACAACUUCAAUUGUUUUGAAUGUACUAAAGUACGCGGGAUACAUCUGAAUGGCGAACUUCAUUGGUUGAUGCAUAAGGGUGAAUAUGAAGCUGAGUCUUCCGUCAUUGUAUCUCUCGUCUUAGCAAAGGAGGAGGUUCGGGAAAUUCAACUGUCUCCGGAAUAUUCCAUCGAGAAUAGCCCUCCAAUCGAGCUAGGGCUAUUCAGAGAAUGGUUGUGCAUAUCACAUAAUGUCGACGCCGAUCAUGAUCAAACGUACAAUGAAUUUUGGGUGAUGAAGGAACAUGGAGUUAAGGAGUCUUGGACCAAAAUGAGAGUCUCCAUCCCCUAUCACAAAUUGUCUCAUUCUGGCUUUUGGACCAAAACUCAUGAUUUGAUGGUAAUUGGCGAAAGGUUACUAAUGUACAAUUUUGAUGACGAUGAAAACUUCUGGGAUCUACCAAUUCGUGGAGUUGACAAAGUUGGUAUCAUUUUGAUCUACUUGGAUAGCCUGGUUUCCCUUUCUAGAAAUCAAUCGAAAAGGAGUUCGAAGAAGACUUCGGCAAAGUGGAAACGGAGAGUGAAAUAAAGCCGAGCAAGCUGAAACAAAUGAGGUUCAACCAUAAGUUGCACUUUCAUCGUCUUAGUGUGAAUUAUUUCAGCAUUUUCGAUCUAUAGCUAAAAUCUUGUGGCCACCAUAUAUAUAUAUAUAUAUAUAUAUAUUUCAUUUUUUAUUCUGUAUGCAUGAAUGUAUUUAUUAGCCCAUUGAAAGAGUAAGGAUAUUGUUAUAAUAGAAGACCAGUUUUGGUGUGCCAUAUUUGUUUUAUCAAACAUGCAUGGAGCAGCGAUUCUAACCUGUCAUCUCCUCCAACGAAGAAAUAUUGAGGCGUGUCACGAAGAAACUACAAGAACGAAAUGCAUGAAUUGCAGUGUUUAGGGCAUAUACACAUGUUUACGUAUAUCAAUACAGGCAUGAGCUUUUCCUUAUCAUCUUCCAAAAUACAAGAAAGAGAACUAGGAGCAGUCUCCAAAAUAUUCAAGCCCAGAUCGAAAGAAUAGGCCAUGUUUGCCAAAUAAUCCGCAGCAAAGUUCAGUUCUCUGUUGAUGUGCUUGAUGUUGCAAUCCCACUGUCUAAAAAGAAACCUCCUGUACCCAUCAAUAAGAUUAAAACAAUGGAUGAAACUUUUCAAGCAUUGAAGACA